GUGGACUCCAAUUAACCACACGAUCCGCCAUGGAAUCAAGCCAAAACCUACUUUUUUGGCAACUUGUCUUCUUCUGCUUACUUCCAAUUUAUCACGCAGUCCACCAGGGGCUUUGAGCCAAUUAAGUUACCACCGCCCUCCAACCGCACCUCCUCCUCCUUCUGUAUGCAAUGCACGUAUAUUGAUUUGGGCCCUCUCUUUCUCUCUCUCUCUCUCUCUCUGAAUGAAGAGUGGAGUGAAGAUUCUGUGGAGAAACAGGAAGAUGGCUGCAGGGUGUCAGAGAAUUGUCUUGGCAAUCUUGGUUGCCAUGUCUGUGACACUUGACUCGUGCGUUAGUUCUGCAGAAGCAGGGCUACUGCAGAGUGUGAGUGCAAAUGAAGUGAAGGGAAAGGAACAAGAGCAAGAAGACAAUUGUGACAUGUAUGAGGGGAGUUGGGUAUAUGACAGUUCUUAUCCUCUCUAUGAUCCCUCUGCGUGCCCUUUCAUUCGCAAGGAGUUCGACUGCUUCAAGUACGGCCGACCCGAUCGGCUCUACCUCAACUACAGAUGGCAGCCCAAAGACUGUUACUUGCCUAGAUUUGAUGCUGAAGGUUUCCUAAGAAGGUUCCGGGGCAAGAAGAUUAUGUACAUUGGAGACUCCUUGAGCCUGAACAACUGGCAAUCUUUAAUAUGCUUGCUUCAUGCUGGCGCGCAGAAUUCGAGUAUCUCGCAGGAGACGGAUGGCUCGGUUUCUAAGGUCACAUUCGAGGAUUAUGGAGUAUCCGUAAUGCUGUUUCACUCUCUGUACCUGGUCGACAUCGAAGUGGAAAGCAUCGGGAGAGUUUUGAAGCUAGACUCGCUUGAGAACGGUGGUUUGUGGAAGGAGAUGGAUGUGUUGAUCUUCAAUACUUGGCAAUGGUGGUACAGGAGAGGAGAUAAGCAGCAAUGGGAUUACAUUCAAGAAGGUAAUCGCACGUACAAAGACAUGGAUCGGAUGGUUGCGUUUCGCAAAGCAUUGACGACAUGGGCGAAGUGGGUGGACUCCGAUGUCGACACGAUUAAAACUAGAGUCAUCUUUCAAGGGAUUUCGCCCUCCCACUACAACGGGACGGAUUGGCAUGAGCCGGGAGUGAAGGACUGCUCGAAGGAGAACCUACCGAUGACUGGAUCGACAUACCCAGCUGGAUUGCCAGCUGCGGCAUACGUGGUGAAAGAAGCGAUGAGUAGCAUCAUAAAGCCUGUUCAUUUGCUGGACAUUACCACUCUUUCUCAGCUGAGGAAAGAUGCACAUCCUAGCAUCUACAGUGGCCUCAAGGUUAUGGACUGCACACACUGGUGUAUUGCAGGACUUCCGGAUACAUGGAACGAGCUCUUAUCCGUGGCGCUUGCUGCUUGAACGGAAAUAGAACGCAAACAUGAGAACAGAGAUUAAAGGAUGGAGUCAAAGAGUAGCCAGAUUGAUCCGAUACAUUGAUGGGACGAACAUGUCCUCUUGAAAAUAGAAUAAUGCUCAUUCUUUUUUGUAAUGAGAACAAAAAAGAUAUGUCAUUACUUUCAUUUUUGC